AUGCCUCGCCAAAGCCGUGGUUCCGCCCGCCCUUCCGUCCCCGCGCGCAAGCCCAUGGCUCCUACCAACCAGCAGCAGCAGCGCCCUGCUUCCACCUACGCUCCUCCCACCGCCGCUCCCCACGCUCCUCCCGCUGCCGCUGCGCCCGUCUCUCAGGGCCCUGGUCUCUUUGGUCAGAUGGCUAGCACUGCUGCUGGUGUCGCCAUCGGCUCCUCCAUCGGCCACGCCAUUGGCGGCAUGUUCUCCGGCGGCGGUUCCUCCGCUGCCCCCGAGGCCGCCGCGCCCGUCCAGGCCCAGGCCGCCGCUGCCCAGAACUCGUCGUGGGGCAACAACUGCUCCGAGGCGACCAAGAGCUUCACCCAGUGCAUGGAUCAGCAGAAUGGCAACAUGCAGAUCUGCGGCUGGUACCUGGAACAGCUUAAGGCUUGCCAGGCUGCUGCUAGCCAGUACUAA